CUCAAGGCCAUCGAUGUGGCGAUGCAGCGGCUCAAGCUGCUGCACAUCAAGGCACGCCGAUACUGAACCACCUCUGCGCAUCGUGUCUGUCUAAGCGAGACUAACCGGGGACGGCCCCUGAAUGCAGGAGCGCAAGCUAAAGGGCCUCAUCCCUACGAUGCUGGAACCUCUGGUGCAGAAACACCGAUCGCCAGAGGCAUUGUAUGCCGCCUUCAUGAAGUCGGUGGCCGACGCGCAGGCAAAGAUAUCCGAUUUCAGAGAACUUAUGACGGACGAGACGAGCACCGAAGCCUUUGCGCGCGCUACCAAGAGCAGGGAGGAGAGGCCUGAUGGCAUCGCGCCAUGGAGAUACGACAACUAUCCAGAAUGGUUCAAUGCUGAUAAGCACUGGACUAAGUGA